AGUAGUAGCUCGAGCAGCUCACGUAUCAGUUAUUUUCUAGUUGUUUCACAGUGAAUUAAAGAAAAAUGAAAAGUACUCUUGUGAUCAUUUUCGCCAUUGUGUUGGUUUCGGAAGCUAAAGUUGCACCGACUAGCACUUCAAAUUCCCCAGCAUCUCCUGACUCUCAAUUGAAUGAAUUUAUCAGUCAGGCAUACGCGAAUAUCAAUAAUUUAGGCAAACAAAUCCAAGAACAAUGGAACAUCCCCAGUCAGGACAAGGUAGUCAAAACCAUAAAAGAAGAAAGCACCAACCUCGUUAAUAAUAUCCAACAGUACAUGAAGAACAUUACAGAGGAGGUAAAAAAUAAAAGCCCUGAACUUGAAAAACAAUGGAACGACGUUAAAGUUAAACUUAAUAAGGUCGUCGAGGACAUUAGUAGUGGAAUUCCAAACGCUCAACAGCAAGUCACUGAAUUACAGACCAAGUUCCAGCAAGGAGUUCAAGCCAUACUCAGGGAAUCCGACAAUGCCGCGAAAUCUUUGAGCCAACACUCUGAAAAACUCCAGGAGGAUCUUGCAAAGUUUACGAAACAAGCGGUUGAUAUUGCCGUGGAAGCAACACAGAAUUUAAAUAAUCAACUUCAGGCCGCCGCAGCUCAGAAAAGUUGAAUAAUCACAACUUUCGAUGUCAAAGCUCAAAACGUAUUAAUUACAUUUAAAAAAAAGAAAAAGAAAUGCAUUAAAAUUCUGAUAAAAGUAUUUUCUUAUAAUUUUGCCUCAAAUGCUACAUGAUUUAUUUUGGUUUAUUCUUAGAUUCUGUAUUAUAGUCAUAAGUUAAAUACAUGUCGCGAACGAUUGAUCCAAA